AACACGGUCAUACUUUUUUCUGCUUUGUGUUUUCUUACACGAAAUUUCGCGUUAUUCGCAAUUGUUGCUAUUAAAUUGUAAUUUACAAAGCCAAAACCGCAAAAUGUCUGACAACGAUGAUGAUUUCAUGUGCGACGACGAUGAGGAUUAUGGAUUGGAAUACUCCGAGGAUAGUAACUCGGAACCCGAUGUGGAUCUGGAGAAUCAGUACUACAACAGCAAGGCUUUAAAGGAGGAGGAACCCAAGGCUGCUCUGGCCAGUUUCCAAAAGGUGCUCGACCUGGAAAAUGGCGAAAAGGGCGAGUGGGGAUUCAAGGCGCUGAAGCAAAUGAUUAAGAUCAAUUUUAGAUUGUGCAACUACGACGAGAUGAUGGUGCGCUACAAGCAACUACUUACUUACAUCAAGAGCGCCGUGACCAGGAAUCAUUCGGAAAAGAGCAUCAAUUCGAUUCUGGAUUAUAUUUCCACUUCCAAAAAUAUGGCCCUACUGCAAAACUUCUACGAAACCACAUUGGACGCCCUGCGCGAUGCUAAAAACGAUCGUCUUUGGUUUAAAACCAAUACCAAACUGGGCAAGCUCUACUUCGACCGCAGCGACUUCACCAAAUUGCAAAAGAUACUCAAGCAGCUGCAUCAAAGCUGCCAAACUGAUGAUGGCGAGGACGAUUUGAAGAAGGGCACCCAGCUGCUGGAGAUUUACGCCCUCGAGAUUCAGAUGUACACGGUUCAGAAGAACAACAAGAAGCUUAAGGCCCUCUAUGAACAGUCGCUCCACAUCAAGUCGGCCAUUCCACAUCCUCUGAUCAUGGGAGUCAUUCGCGAAUGCGGCGGUAAAAUGCAUCUGCGGGAGGGAGAGUUUGAAAAGGCGCACACGGACUUCUUUGAGGCGUUUAAGAACUACGACGAAAGCGGAUCGCCACGGAGAACCACUUGCUUGAAGUAUUUGGUGUUGGCUAACAUGCUGAUGAAAUCAGGCAUAAAUCCCUUCGACUCACAAGAAGCAAAGCCGUACAAAAACGAUCCUGAAAUCCUGGCCAUGACCAACCUGGUCAACUCCUAUCAGAACAACGAUAUUAAUGAGUUUGAGACCAUUUUGCGUCAGCACCGCAGCAACAUCAUGGCCGAUCAAUUUAUAAGGGAACACAUUGAGGAUUUGUUGAGGAACAUUCGCACACAGGUGCUUAUAAAACUGAUUAGGCCCUAUAAAAACAUUGCUAUACCUUUUAUCGCUAACGCACUCAACAUUGAGCCUGCCGAAGUGGAAAGUCUGCUGGUUUCCUGCAUCCUGGAUGACACCAUUAAAGGACGCAUUGAUCAGGUAAAUCAGGUGCUACAGCUCGACAAGAUCAACAGCAGCGCCUCGCGAUACAAUGCCCUGGAGAAAUGGUCCAACCAAAUCCAAUCGCUGCAGUUCGCCGUGGUCCAGAAAAUGGCCUAAGUUCAGCUGUAUCUUAAACUACAGAUUUGAAACCGAUUAAAUAUUAUGGAAUUUAAAUUAAA